UUUUUUGUCUUAUACCCCGAUUAAAAUUUAUUUUUUAUUCCUAAUGGACCUCAAUAUUUUUUAUACCUAAUUGGUAUAAUUAGGGUUCGCCCCUUUCAUUUUCGCUAUAAAAUCUUCAUCGCUUCAAAAUAGGUUGUUAUUUUCUUUGCCGAUUAAGGUGCUAAGCAGAUCUUGUAAGAAGCACUCAGAAAUGGAGCAGACUUUCAUCAUGAUCAAGCCCGAUGGCGUCCAGCGCGGCCUGGUCGGUGAAAUUAUUGGCCGGUUCGAGAAGAAGGGCUUCUCUCUUAAAGGUGUAGGUUUGAAGCUGGUCGCGGUUGAUCGUGCUUUUGCUGAAAGCCACUAUGCUGAUUUGUCUGCUAAGCCAUUUUUUAAUGGCCUUUGUGAGUACAUUGUUUCUGGUCCUGUUGUGGCAAUGGUAUGGGAAGGAAAGGGUGCUGUUGCAACUGGAAGGGUUAUGAUUGGAGCGACAAACCCCUCACAGUCUUCUCCUGGAUCCAUCCGCGGUGAUUUUGCUGUUGAUAUUGGGAGAAAUGUCAUCCAUGGAAGUGAUUCAGUUGAGAGUGCAAGGAAGGAAAUUGCACUUUGGUUCCCAGAAGGUGUGACCGCAUGGAAGAGCGAGCUUCACCCUUGGAUCUAUGAGAACUAAAAUAUUUCUGAAUUUGUAGUGAUGUUUUCCUACAACUUUUGAUGUACCCCUAUGCUCACUUGUGUUCCCUCUGUCUUGAUUAUUACAAGAAUGCUGUUAUCUUUGUCCUCUCUUUUGAAGUGCUUGAUUUAGAGCAUGAUUUGUCAAAAUUGUUGCAUUAGUUUUGCUAUAGAUAUUUGCAUUAGGCAAUAUUGUUCUUUAGAACAAGACUUCAAUGGUGUUCAAAACUUGUGUGAAAAAUAAAGUAAAAUUGUUUUUAGAACAAGACUCCUGCAAUGGUGUCCAAAACACAAACCUCAAUAUAUUUUAAUUACUACGUAUUAUAGUGA